AAGCGCUUCGACCACCGGUCGAACCCGAACUCGCCCUUCGUGUUCCCGUUGGGGCGGAAGGUCGUCGUCGACGGCUUCGAGCGCGGCGUCCUCGGCAUGCGCGUCGGCGGCGAGCGCGAGGUCGUCGUGCCGCCGGACCUCGGCUACGGCGCCGAGGGCGCGCCGCCCAAGGUCCCGGGCGGCGCGACGCUGCACUUCACGAUCAAGCUCGUCCGCGUC